AUGAAGCUAGUCACUGAAGAUGCAUCCUGGCUCCGAGUCAUAUACAAGGAUGGAUUUUGGUUGCAAAAUACCGGGCGUCUAUCUAACCUCCUUCAAGGUUUGCCAAACCCGGACUCUCAGACACCUCAGUUACUGCACUUUGUUGGACAGGCUGCAAAAGAUAAAGCCAUCCGCGCGGUCUUCCCUGAUAGCUUUCAAAGGCGCACUUCCAUGUCCAGUCUAUAUGACCUCCGUGUGGUAGAUUCCACCGCGAGCUCCUGUGCACCUUUGCUUCUAGCAGACUGCAAUCCAUUUACAGCACCUGUCCAGGAUGAGUUGUCGACAGAAUCAAAGAACCACCUACUUGAAGUAAAGUGGCCUGCUACAUCUCGACACAUCGUGAACGUUCUUUUGGCGCGUCUCACCUUUCCCUUUAGUGACCUGAUUUGCAUCUUUGUCGAAGAUUUUUCAGAUCUGAGAGAAGUUGCAAUCCAGUUAAUCGGCUGGGCGAAGGCAGCACAGUCGUCCAGCCUUCCUUCUUCCAACCGCCCAAAUGUGAUUUUAAUCUGGUCUGAGUCUGCCAGUACACAGCAGCAGAUCGAAGAUUACAUUAGUGGACCGGAUUGGACUGAGAUAGGUGACAUGUAUACGCUACUGCCGCCUUUCUACCAGAACAAAUCUAAGAAUCAAGGAAAUAUGCCACUCAAGAAUGUCCUUUUGUCACACUUGCAGGAAAUCAACGAACGACGCAAUCAAAAUGGAACGCGGCUAUCCUGUAGCCACUUUGCGGCUUUUUUCCGUCUCGCUCUUGAGCACGUUGCCAAAACCGCAUCGGAUCCAUUCGAUUUCAUUGCUGCGACGAGGGCGGACAAUCUCCUUGAGGGGGCAUUUGUCGGCCAUAUUAUAAACUUUCUUCGACUUAGUCUGGCGCUUGAUGUCUCCUAUUAUGACAUGGCUUCUUUCAUCGCAUCUGCCAUCCUCAUGGACGCUUAUCCGCCAAAUAUGCAUCGGUUCCCCCCAAGCGAAGUCUUCCACUCUCUAUAUAUGCCUUUCUGCUCCCAGGCUGCAAGCCAGGUGGCCAAUGGCGAGGAUGCGGUUACUAUACCAACUUUGAUAGAAACCCAUUUUUGUCGGCUGUUUGGUGAAUUAGCAACCGGAGAUAGGACUUCGGCUCAGGUCCACAGCGACAACUUGAGCCUCCGAAGUCGAGUCUGGUCGCUAAUGCGGUCUAACCACACGUGCCUCUUCUGCAUACGGCGAAAGCCCGAAGAGCAUGUCCUCACCUGCGGUCAUACAAUCUGUGACCAAUGCGCGCGCAUUUAUGGUCAGGAGUCGAAGGAGGCGGACCAACGGUUCGUUGUGUCGUUUUGUAUUCUAUGCAAAGUUUCCGCAAGAGUAGUAGCGAGUUUAACCCCUCCGACGGCAAACUUGAGUAUUCUCAGCAUUGAUGGCGGCGGUACGAGAGGCGUUAUACCCCUAGAAUUUUUACGGGCUAUGCAAGACUUGAUUGAAACGCCCCUUGUUGAUCUGUUUGAUUUGUCAGGAGGGACAAGCUCAGGCCUCAUAAUGAUGGGCUGGAAUGUUCACCAAUGCAGCCAUGUAUUUGACAAACUCGCGCGACGUGUAUUUCACAGAUCUCCGUGGGUCAGCGGCCAGUUCUGGAAUUUCUUUACAGGUCUUCUACGCUGCAUCAUUUCUGACGGCGUAUACGACGCAAAUACCAUGGCGCAAACUUUAAUGGAUAUCCUGGGAUCGGAUCGCCCCAUGUUUGGGUACACCAAAGGAUACUCCGGAAAGAAAGUACUCAUCACGGCAACGGAUACUGAAAAUUCUUCUACGUUGGUGUUCGCCACAUACAACGGAAAUGCUGCCGUGGGGAGAUAUGAGUUUGUGCAUCAUGAGGAUGUCACAAAUGAACCUCUAGUGUGGAAAAUCGGGCAAGCAACGUCUGCUGCACCAGGGCUAUACGCGCCGGUGGAAAUGGACGUCCCUCUGAAAAGAACACUUCAGGACGGUGGAUUAGGCGGUCACAAUAAUCCUACUCUUCUCUGUCUUCUUGAACGACGUCGGCUGUUGUCUUUCCACGUAUCUGGUUAUGUGCUUUCCCUUGGGACUGGCAAAAGGAUGAAUCGCAAAGAUGAUCACCCCAACAAGACGCAACGAAACGACAUCUCCCAAUGGCUCCACAACCAUGCGGUCUUUCGCAUGGGUCGUUCACUGGGUCGAUGUGUGGAUGGUGAUCAAGUAGCCAGCCGACUCUUUGACGUGAAAGUCUCUCGUUUCAAUAUCGAACUUUGCGGGCCGUUAAGGAUAUCUGAUACCGCUGGAAUGACAGCCCUACGAAAAAAGGCACGAGAAGGUUUGACUAGAUCCAGUCAGGUGUUCGAGGAGACUACCAAUGCACUUGUCGAAAGGCUCGAUCCGCUGUCGCGGCAACUGUCAAACCGUCGUAUCGGACCUUUUGAGACUACAGGAUAA